AUGGUGCACGACCACAGGGCACCGGUCCGGUGUCACUUCCAGGAUGAGGCCCAAGACAUCAGCGGGGAGCCUGAGUCCUGGGAGAUCCGGCUGUCGGGGAUCCAGGUGUUGCUGCACUGGGACCCAACGGAGGAGGUGCCCUUUGCCCACUGGGACCCAACGGAGGAGGUGCCCUUUGCCGUCCAGCUGCGGGAUCCACCGCAUCCAGUGGGAAAGCCUGGGAGCGGUCGGAGCCGAGUGACUACAGGGGAGCGAAGGGGGCACCGCUGGGGCAGGGAUCGGGAGCAGGGAGCACUGCCAGGGUGCGGGGCGUGGGCUCUGACCGCUCUUGUCCCGCAGGCCAUGGGGGCCCCCCCACAGCAGGGCCGGAGGCCGCCGCCAGAGUCCGGCAGUGACAGUGACAGCGACAGCGACAUGGAGCUGAAGAACGUGUGCCCGCGCCGCACAGGGGGCAGCAACAGGGACACAAGGGUGGCAGCGCCCCCUCGCCCCAAGCGUCGGCGCCUCCCGCCCAGCGCCAGGGUUAUAGCUGUGCCCGUCUACUCCAGCAAGGUGAACAGGAGCUUCCAGCUGUGCCCCCUAGAAGUGCCCCCCUCUAUCUGGGAGAGAGGUAAGGGGGGCUAUUGGGGGGGGCUGCGCCGCGGCUGCACGCGCCACCCCAUCCGGGCGGUGGAACAGCAGCUGCAGGACCUGAGCUCGCUGCUGUCGGCAGCUCAGCGCAGCCUGCGCACAGAGCCUGAUGCUGACGUGGUGCUCUUGGAGGCGCCUGCCCCCGUGCCCGCCAGCCCCCUGCUGCGCCUCAAGGUGCGGUGCCGCGGCCAGCUGCACCGCCUUCCCCUUGGCCCGACGCAGCCGCUGCAGCGGGCGGCUGAGCAGCUGGCACAGCUCCUGGGCGUGCCACCCUCCCGUGUCCUGCUGCUGUGGCACGACCGCCUGCUGGAGCCCAGUGCCACCCCCCGUGCCCUAGGCCUGGGCGUGGCUGACAUCCUUGACUGCGUGGUGGAGCCGGUGGACAGUGGUGCCGGGGGGCAGGCACCCCCCCCUUCCGACGAGCUCAGCCUGACAGUGCGGGGUCGUGACCCAGGCUCCCAGUUCACGCUCAGCGUGCCCAAGACGGCGCCACUGUCCGGACUGAUGGGGCGGUACCGCGCAGCAGCUGGGCUGGACGCGGCACCACUGCGCUUCGUCUUCGACGGCCGCCUCCUGCCGCCCUCGGACACCCCUGAGCAGCUGGGGCUGGAGCCUGGCGACGUCAUUGAGGCCUGGAACUAGCUCUGCCAACCCUGCCGUGAUGUCAUUGGAGGCUGGACCUGGCCCCGCCCACCCUGCGGGUGACAUCAGCAAGUUUGGACCUAGUUACACUCAUCUGCCAGUGAUGUCUUUGAGACCUAGGCCUACCCAGGCAGUGACAUCAUCAGGGCCUGGCCUUUGCCCCACCUACCAUGCUGAUGAUGUCAUCAGGGUGUGACUACAUCUUAGCCUGUUAUGUCAUCCUUGCUUCCCUGUCACCAGCCUAGCCCCAACUGCCCACUGGGAAAUCCCCACCUGUGCUGUGACCCAUUAGUACUGCCAUUUAAGGCCUGCAGUGGGCCAGGUUCCCCUCCUGUACACCGUGAUGUCAUCAGGGCCCGGCUGAUGUAACAGGGUAUUGGGCCUCAGCUCCUAUGCACCUCCCCUUUGGCUUUGGGCCCCUUCCUGCAGAGUGUGUGUGACAUCAGACCCCACCCACUGUCAGGAUUCCCUCUUUCACAUCACUUCAGACUUCGGUGCGGCCCAGACCUGGGCAGGGGUUGGUGGGUGGCCACAAUGAUGUCACAGCACUGCUUCUCCCCCGGUGCCAUCACCUGGGGUAGCUCCGCCCCCUGGCCUCCAUGCAUAUGAAUAAAUGACAUAUGAAUUGGC